AUGGCCAAUUCUUGGUGGAAUAUUGCUGAAAAGCACGAAGCCAUGGUCAUUCACUUGCGCUUCUACUGUCGACUUUGUCUCCCACUCAAUUCGGAACAUAAGGAUGGACCGGCUAUCCUACAAAGCCAGCAGCCGUCUGAGAUAGAUGAGAAAUUCAUAUUCGAUGUCUGUUCCAACUCUGAUACAAAUUUCAGACUUCGAGUCACUAUCCUUUCGGAUGCUACUUUGCUCUGUUUUGGAAUAACACAUCAUAUAUGUGAUGGCACUGACUGCUAUGAGGUGGUUCAAGCAUUCUGCAACCUACCAUCUAAUAAAUCGAUUCCUCGGUUCGCUCUUCCACCUGAUGCCGAAGGUGUUCGUUUGUCGGACACUAUGACAGCCAAGACCGAACGGACCAAAGAAAAGCGCAAUAUCUACUCCACACUUUGUUUAAUGUUGUACAAAAAUUGA